GGAGACUCGGCCUGCUUCCCCUCCAUCACCGACACCCCCCAAUUUUGACAUUCCCGCUUCAACCGCCCUCUGCGAAGGACUGGCUGCAUCGGCACCUGCGGAUAGAGACCUCCUUCUCGCAGCUCCCUUGCAUAGACGACUGCUUCACUGCAUACCCACGCCCUCAGCAACCCACUCCCAGACAUUUUCAAGAUCACUUUAGCUCGCCCCCGACUCCCCUCGCCCGUACCGCAAUGUCAUCCUCCACCAACCCACCAGCACCCAGUGGUGCAACCGACGCCAAACGGACCACCCUCAAAAUCGUACCUUACCCCCGCGACCCCAAACUGACCUACAACGUCAUGAAGAUCCCCGACCCAAAGUUCCACCUCGCCAGCAUGGUCCCGCCCCUGCGGAUGGUCCGGGAUAAGCCCGAGCCGAGGCGGCGGUUCGCUAAACUCGGGGACGCCAACGGCGCUGCCACCGGCACCAGCACACCGCUGGGGGGCGGCGGCGGCGGCACGCCGUCAGGGUCAGGCGCAUCGGAAGGGAUCGAGAAACCCAAACCGGAUUCAACCACGAUCGCCCCCUUCGGCAAUGCCAUCAAGACACGGACGAAGCGGUUCCAGAAAAAGACCAAGAUCUACACGCUGUCGAGGGAUCCGAAUGAGGAUGACGACCCGGACGCGCGGGCGGAACGCAGGCGGUAUAAACGCGACCCGGACAAGUUUCCGUACCUGUUUAGUGACUUCGAGGGGAGCGUGCAGUACCAGGGGGAUGUGCAGGGGGCGAGUGAGGCGGUUUAUAUGGUUAUGAUUAAGAAGGGCGAUAGAUUGCAGGCGGUGCCGGUGAACAAGUGGUAUAAGUUUACCCCAAAACCGAAGUAUCGAACACUGACCUCGGAAGAGGCGAAUGAGAUUAUUAAGCAGCAGAGGGGACGGAGGCUGGAUACGUGGUAUAUGCAUAAGCAGGCGAAAGAGGAAGAGAAAAACGCGGAAAGUGCUGAGCCGAAGGUUAAAGAGGAGAAGGGGUACAUGAAGAAGCUCUUGGGAACCGAAGAAAAACAAACCCGCGACCGCUCCGACCGGCAAGACCUCGACGCCGCCGAACUCGACUACGAGGAAGAGUUCGCCGACGACGAAGACAUCCGGUUCGGGAUGGAGGACGAAGAAGACGAGAAGGAGGCGCGAAACCGGCAGUACGGCAAGCACGGCAAGCGGACCGGGUUCUUGAGCGACGAUGAUGACGAGGAUGAGGUGAUGGAGGAGAAGAAGUCGCGGACGGAGGCGGCGGUGGGCAAGCGGUUGAAGAAGGUGUUGAAGAAGGUGGAUGCGGCGGAUGAUAUCAAGUUCUCGGAUGAGGAGAAUCCUUAUAUCAGUGAAGUGGAGGACAGCGACAGCGAAGAAGAAGAGCCCAACCCAGACGACCCCGCCAUCAAAACCGAACCCAACCUCCUCAAACGCAAAGACUCGGACACCCUCACAGGCCCCACAACAAAACGCAUCAAAGCCGAAACCGCACUCGCGGGUGGAGUCUCGCCCGCGCUGUCGUCCCCAGAAUACCGCGCCACGAAAAUGGGCACCAAGCGGCCGAAAGCGAGCACGUCGCCGGCCCAUCUGGGGAAUGCGGGACGCGGGUCGAAGGCGAACUCGCCGAACCAUUUGACUGGGGUGGGAAGGGCGUCGAGUCCGUUGGGGAGGGCGGGGAGUACGUCGCCCUUGUCGGACACGGCGAGGGUGGGGAAGAAAAGGAAGGGGGCGGCGAGUUCGGAUGAUGACGCUGGGGAUAAGCGCCAGCGAACAGACACAGGCCCCGUAAAAAGCAACUCAGCCGCCGACAUUCUCAAACACAUCAGCGGCAGCCGGUCUAGCAGUCCACUCCACCCCGGCACCGGCCUCCCACCCUCCGCGCGCUCCAAAGCCGCCGCGGCAGGCCGACCAAAAGGCAGCGGGAGCAAACGCGGCACACCCGCGGGCGAGGCAGCCGCAUCAGGGAAAGCAGCAACGUCACCGGCCACCGCGUCUGCAAGCGCGGGACGAGCGACGCCUGCUGGUGGUACUGGUGGCGGAAGCUCCUCGAAACGGAAGGCGCCGGCGUCGUCUACGGGAAUGAAGAAGAACGCGGCUGGGGCCGGUUCGACUAGGAAGACGCCGGUGGCUGGGUCUGCUACCUCUCCGAAACCGGCGGCUGCCGCUGCGGCGGCUAAGAGCAGUGGGACAACCAAAAGCACCGCGACAUCCUCAAUAACAACAACAUCCGUCCUCCAGAUCUUCCGCACCCUGCGCCGGGAAACCAUGGAAGUCAGCACGCUCAUCUCCGAAAUCCAGAAAGCGGCGCCGGGCCUUCCGCUGCCGGAACUGAAGAAGGGGCUGGGCCCGGCGUUGAAGGAGUUGACGUACAUGAAGAAGGACGAGGGGGCGAGUACCGCGGGCGGGAGGACGGUGACGUUGAGGGAGGGGUUGAAGGAUUGGUAAAGGGGGGCUUUGGCGUACCACCCUAUCCACAGACUCACGCGGUGCAGAGAGCCACUUGUGGAAGGCAUAUUCGGGCAUGUUCGGGCACAUUAUGCUUUGCUCACUGAGAGUGACACGAACCAUGGGUGGGGGAAACGCGGUGGGG